CCAUCAACUUGUGAAAUAAGAAGGAAAAAGAAUGGAAAUGAAAAUGAAGAUGAGAAGCUCGUCGUCAUCAUCAUCGUCCUCGUCGUCAUCAUCAUCAGCUUGGUCGGCGUCGCCGUCAUCACCGUCGUGGUCGGCGGCGGAAACCAAAACAAAGAAGAAGGGAAAGGGAGAGACAACGACGGAGAGGAGGGGCAGGAGGAAGGGGAGGAGCGCCGGAAGGACGAUGGGGAAGUUCCUCAGGGAGCAAAGGGGGAGGCUUUACAUCAUUAGAACAUGUGUUGUCAUGCUCCUCUGCUGGCAAGAUUAGUUACUUAAUUACAAUUAGUUAAGGAUAUACGAUGAUGAUCCAACCUUAAUUAGAUUGGUCGUCCAGGAAUGGUAGAUU